GAAGGUUAUAAAGCUCUGGCUUCAGCUCUGAGAUCAAACCCUUCACACCUGAUAGAGCUGGACCUCACAGGAAAUGAUCCUGGACAAUCAGGAGUGAAGGAGCUCAGUGAUUUACUACAGGAUCCAAACUUGCAACUGAAGACAAUGAGGUUUUUGGGUCCUGCUGCAGAUGAAGCCUGUCAUUAUGUGACUGGAAUUGUGGGUGAAAACCCGUUACUCCUGAAAGAGCUGAAUCUAAGUGAACAUAAACUAGGAGACACACGAGUGAAUCAGAUCGCUGCUCUACUGCAGGAUAAACACUGUAAACUCAACACACUGAUUCUGCGUAAGUGUGGUCUGACAGAGGAAAGCUGUGCAGUUCUUGCUACAGUCUUGAGAUCAAACUCCAGUCUGAAAGACCUUGACAUGAGCAACAAUAAUCUGCAGGAUUCAGGAAUGAAGAAACUCCAGAACGGAUUAGAAGACACAAACUGCACACUGAAAAAAAUCAGGUGAGUUUAAUAAACCACU